CCCGGCGCGCGAGCGGAGCGGGCGGCUGGCAUGGGCGGCCUGCGGCUGCUGGCGGUCGCCCUCACGUGCAGCUGCUGGUGGCCGCAGGGCGGUCAGGGAAAGACCCUGCGGGGCAGCUUCAGCAGCUCCGCGGCCCGGGACGCCCAGGGCCAGAGCAUCGGCCACUUCGAGUUCCACGGUGACCAUGCUCUUCUGUGUGUCAGAAUCAACAACAUUGCAGUGGCUGUUGGGAAAGAAGCCACGCUGUACCUGUUCCAAGCCCAGGAGUGGCUGAAGCUGCAGGAGAGCAGCCCUGGCUACAGCUGUAGCGAGAGGCUGGCCCGAGCUCAGUUGACCAUGACCAUGAACCAGACUGAGCAUAACCUGACAGUGUCCCAGAUUCCAGCCCCGCAAACGUGGCAUGUGCUGUAUGCAGACAAGUUCACCUGCAAAGAUGACGCGGAGAGCUCCCAGGUGGAAGAUAUUCCAUUUGAAAUGGUGUUACUAAACCCAGAUGCCGAAGGAAAUCCAUUUGAUCAUUUUAGUGCUAGAGAAUCUGGGCUGCAUGAGUUCUUCUUCCUCCUGGUCCUAGUGUACUUUGUGACUGCCUGCAUCUAUGCACAGUCGCUGUGGCAGGCCAUUAAGAAGGGAGGGCCCAUGCACAUGAUCUUAAAGGUCCUGACGACUGCAUUGCUGCUACAAGCUGCAUCAGCCCUUGCUAACUACAUUCAUUUCUCCAGGUACUCCAGAGACGGAAUAGGGGUACCUCUCAUGGAGAGUUUGGCAGAAGUUUUUGACAUUGCCUCCCAAAUUCAAAUGCUGUACCUGCUUCUGAGCCUGUGCAUGGGGUGGACAGUAGUGAGGAUGAGGAAGUCCCAGAGCAGGCCGCUGCAGUGGGACUCUACGCCUGCGUCCACAGGCAUCGCAGUCUUCAUUGUUGUCACGCAGAGCAUUUUGCUGCUUUGGGAGCAGUUUGAAGACACUAGUCACCAUAGCUCACAUUCGCACCACAGCUUAGCUGGGCUCUUGCUCAUCAUCUUGAGAAUUUGCCUAGCACUGUCGCUGGGCUGUGGACUCUACCAGAUCAUCACCAUGGAGAGGAGCACGCUCAAGAGAGAGUUCUACAUCACGUUUGCCAAAGGCUGCAUCUUGUGGUUCUUAUGCCAGCCAGUGCUUGCCUGCAUUGCUGUCGUUUUUAAUGACUACCAAAGAGACAAGGUCAUUACAAUGGGUGUUAUCCUUUGCCAGUCUGUUUCCAUGGUUAUUCUGUACAGACUCUUGUCCCACAGUCUGUACUGGGAAGUUUCGUCACUUUCCUCAGUAACACUACCACUGACCAUUUCAUCUGGACACAAGAGUCGACCUCAUUUCUGA